AUGGAAGAGAUUAACCAUUUUAGUCAUAAAAGCCAUCCAUUAAAGCUCCUCAACUCUGAGACGAUUGUAGGUGGUAGUGUCAAUGGUGGUGAGGAGAAAUCAGGAUUGAUUGGUUGUCAUGCAUGUGAAAAAUCCAUAUCAAGUGAUUUUGCAUAUGCUUGCAUCCAAUGUCGUUACUUUCUGCAUAAAGCAUGUGCACAACUUCCACACACUUUCAAUGACCCUUCCUUAUAUCAUCAACAUCUAACACUUACUGAUUUGAAUGAUCUAGAUUCCAGAUUUUGGAGUUGUAAUGUGUGUCGUAUUCGAAAGAAAUCUGGGGUGUUUUCGUAUACAUUUCUUAAGGAUAACACAUACAUCUUUACAGCUUGCAUUGAUUGUUGUGUUGCUAGAAUUGCUUGCAAGGCUGAGGCAGAUGCUAUCAAGGAGGAGGCAAAGAAGAAGGUUAAACAUGAAGGCCACCCACAACACACUUUAAGCCUCAAAUUAAGACCUGCUGCAUUCCGUUGUGAUGCUUGCAAUACUUAUAAGGAUGAAGGCUUAUCCUAUGAGUGUGAUAGUUGUGAUUUUUGGAUACACAAGACUUGCGCUUCCUUAGCACCUACCAUCCAACUACCCCAUCACCCCAAUCACGAACUUGUUCUUGUCUAUUCGCUUCCAGAAAUAUUCUUUAAUUUCUCAUAUUAUUGUGAAAUUUGCAACAAAUACAUCCAACGGAAUGAGUGGUUGUAUCAUUGUGCAAAUUGUAGAUUUUUUGCACAUAUAAAGUGUGCCUUGCAUGCAGAACGUCCUUCAACUCCAAGAGAUGGUCUGAGUACUGUUGAUGAGGAUGAAAAUGGUUUGCUGCAUUUUCCCAUGUCAGACGUGUUUACAGAUCCAUUGAAACUACUACAUUUUGAAAAGAUGACUCGAGAUGAUGAUGAAACAACUAAUAUUUACCACUGGAGUCAUGAACAUCCAUUAAUCCUUCAUGUUCAACCUAAACCUAACAACAUGUCUGGUUGUAGUGAUCCAAUUGAGGUAUUGCAAAGGACAUGA